AUGGAGGGGGCGAAUGGGAACGGCCUUCAGUUCGGAGGAGACGACGAAUCCUCCCCAUUAUCGUCGUCUCCCGCGUCCAUCUCCUUCUCCGAGACGACGACGUCGUUCGAGACCUGCGCCGUGCCCAGCAGCCCCAGCGUUGGGCGGUGGUCGCCCUCCUCUUCGCCCACCUCCAGCAGCCCCACCACAACCGUCACCCUCACCACCUUCUCCCUCCUCGCCUCCUCCUCCGCUGCCGCCACAGCCGCCGCGGGUGAUGAGGGGAGCCCGGAUGACGAGGAGCGACGGAAACACCGGCAACACUACGGCGACGCCCUCACCCAGAAGCGCAGCCUCAUCACCGCCGCCAAGCCACGGACGCGAUCGCAGGACCGGUUGAGCGGUGAGUUCGCUGUCGACAAGGGGCGAACCGGGCGAUUACGCGGCGCCUCGUUCGGCGCCGACUCGCGCGGCCUCACACGCGACGACUCGCCCCAAGCUCCACCGUCUCCGCUAUCGCUUUCAUCUUCGGGCGAUGUCGCCCUCAUCCGCCACGAAGAGGUGUACAUGGAGGGGUGGCUGAAUAGGAUCGGUGCCGAUCGGCGAUGGUUCGUUCUCACCGCCAACACGUUCGCCUACUUCCGCGACGAGAACAUGAUGCGGGUGGAGACGCGCACGCGGAUACAUCGGGAGGACAUCAAGCGGGUGACGCGAUCGGUGGUAGCCGGCACCGAGCAGACGGUGCGCCGCACGUCGAACGCGCUCAUGCGAAUGGUCCGGACGCCCUCCCGCACCCGCAAGAAGGGCAGCGCCUUCUCCGACGCCUUCGGCUCCCCCGUCAGCAGCCCCGCACGGAACACAAAAUCGCAGCAGUCGCCGACGACGGGCAGCGAAAAGAACCUCGGGUCGUUCCCGCCCAACUUCUACAUCCUCACCUCCUGCGCACAGGAGCGCGUGAUGGCGUUGAUGGGCGAGGACUGCGUGGAGACGGCCUUGUGGAUGCUGGCCCUGGGCGGCCUCGCCCAGCGCAACUUGUCCGUCCCGGCCGACUCGCCGCUCGACGAACAAGAGCAGAGGGAGCUGCUGCGGUACGUGCACCUGGAGGGGUACAAGGGGGGCAUAUUGAAGAUGUCGCGCGAGGAGGAGUGGCACUAUUGGCCCAAGGGCCUGGUCAAGUCUGACCGCGGCGUCGAUCCACCCCUCACCUACUCCUGGGACGGCGAGUCAUUCACCCCCGGCGAGGAGGAGGAGAGCUAUGGGUGGGGCCGGUGGAACGGGGUGUGGAUGGAGUGGCACGCGCCGGGCACGUCGUCGAGCGUGCCGGCGGUGCUGACCUACCAGUGGCACCCGGUGGCGCGCGAGUACCGCACGGAGCGGGCGGACGACAACUGGAAGUGGACGCGCCACUUCCUCGCCUCCACCUCGGGCCAGGGCGAAUGGAUCAUGGAGGGCGAGAUCCCCGAGGUCGUCGUCAUGCGGCAGGAGCAGCGGCGCGAGGAGGCCAUCAUCCAGAGCCGGCUGCGGGACUUUGAGAGCACGACGACCGACUUCGAGGUGGAGCGUCUGCUGCAGCUGCGGAAGAUGAGCCUCGAGAACCGGCGACGCUUCAUGAGCCGGUCCGACGGCGAGGCCGCACCGCCUCUCAACAACCCCGCCCAGCACGAACUGUAA